AUGUCUUGGCAUUUUCAAGCUCUUCAUAUAAUUUAUCCUAUCCUUUUCUCGGUAUCGGUUACCAUUAUUGCAUUAUUGAGCAGAUGGAUUGAUAGAACACCUGAAACGUAUCCAGCCGAUUUGUAUUAUACCUUUGUGUUGGCUGGUCUUUCUUUUUUACUUGCUACGAGCUUAUGUAUUCAAAAAUUAAUAUCAUGUAUUUAUGAAUUUCGACCCUUUAUCAUAUUUAUGGAGGGAUUGUUAAUGGUUGCCUGGUUAACUGAUGCGAUUCUUAUCGUUGUGAAAACAAGAAUGGAUAAUGAAUCAACAAUGGAUAAUGAAGCUACAAGGAUUAGAAUUGCAAUUAUGAGUCUUGCGUGGGUACAAUUCGUGAUUUUGGAUUUGAUGUUAGUGAUAAAAUUAUCGGCACAACAACGUCGUCGUCGUCAUAGUAAAUAUUCAGACACGAGAAGUCUUGGAAGUCAAAGUGAUGCAAGAGAAUUAGAAAGUGAUGAUACAAAUUACCAUGAAAAAUUGUAUGAUAAUCAACAACCACCAACAAUUCAAAGUGGAAAUGCGACUAAUGUCAAUAACGAUAAUGAUAAUGACAUUAAUGACAAAAACGGCGACAACGACAACCAAACCAAUGACACAAAAAAUAAUGACGGUGAAAUAUACGCAGAAGCUCGAUAUGAUUUCAAAGGAUCCGAUUUCUCUUUCAAAGUUGGGGACAAAGUUAGAAUCACGAAAAAGUCAAAUAAUGCAAAAGAUUGGUGGAAAGGUGAAAUCAACGGGAAAAAAGGCGAGAAAUGCCAAUGGCCAUCGGCGGGGUGCCGAGCUGCGUUGCGUCCUUCAAUGGCUUUCUUGGCCUGCGCUGCUGCGGCUUCGGUAGCCUCAGCUGACAGUGGCACUAGUCAAAAGAACUAG